CGCCAAAUCGUUUAACAACCAGGUACCCAUUUUACUGUUGGGUUAAACAGAGCCUACAGUUAAGGAUUGACGCCCAGUAAAUCCUCCUCGGCCAGGAUGCUAACCCAGGAUGAAACGCUAAAAUUAAAUUAUUACUUAAAUAGAUGCAAAAUGCGCAACACGCUCCUCAAGACACAGACAUGCGAUUUGCAGUGGGGUCACGCGUGCUAUUUGUGGGUGAAGGGGACUUCUCAUUUGUGGCCUCCUUGGUUGAGGAGGACUGGUGUGCCAAUGUGCAUAUUGUUGCCUCGUGUCUUCAGCAGCAGCUGACUGAAAGAGCCGAAAGAAACACUGUGAUGCUGGCUGAGAGAGGUGUGGAAGUUGUGUUGGGGGUCGAUGCCACACAGCUUCAUCAUAACACCAUUAUUAAAGGCUACAAGUUUUCUCAUAUUGUCUUCAAUUUCCCUCAUGUUGGUGGGAAAAUGAGAAUUGACUUGAAUCGCAAGUUACUUCGUGAAUUCUUUGCGAGUGCUGCUCGUGUUAUCGUGGAAUGUGGCCAGGUUUUGGUAACACUUUGCGCAGGGCAAGGUGGUGUGCCACUUGACCCUGUUGUACGCAGGUGGGAUGACUCAUGGCAGAUUGUUCUCAUGGCUUCAUAUGCUGACUUUGUACUAAGAGACUUGGAAAGUUUUGAUGGUUUCAAAUACUUGGGGUAUUCAGCAACUGGUUAUAGAUCCUUGGAAAAAGGCUUUCAUCUAACGGGGGCUUUUACAUACACAUUUCAGGUACGUGCUAUUUUACCUGAUGCAAGCAUCAAAGAUCCUCGGUCCGUAGAGAUGAUCUCUAUGUGCAGUGAUUACCAGUUGAAGGUCCCUAGCUUCCUUUACACUAAAUUUAAAAGAAAACCAUUUUCCGACAAAUCUACCAUAAUUGGCUACCUUUCUUUCGUGCUGAGAGAACAUGUUGCCAGAGCCAUGACAACUUGUUUUGGAGAUGAUAUUGUAUAUGGAAAAGAUGUAGAUUUAAAAACUUUAGCCAGUUCCCAUGCAUUUUGUUUAACUGCAAAGCUGAAGGGCAGAAGUGUUUGUUUCCACACAGCAUACAGAGUAGAUACGACCCAUGGCUUCAAGAUUGACCCUCUUGUCAUUUUUGUUUUUCCUGAGAAUAGUAGUGAUAUGCAAAAUGUAUUAUAUCAAGAAUUGGUACUGGAAAUUAGAAAUACAAGUAAAUCUUUUCUCUCCCAAGUGAAAAGGGCAGCAUUGAAGGAUCUUGUAGAAGAGAAUUUCUUAAUUUCUCAGGAAAGUGUUGGAGAUGAUAAUGCUACUUGUACCACAUCUGUGUAUGUUGUAAAUCUUGCAUAUGUGGCCAGGUUAUACUUUGACACUGAUGAACAUGAACUUUGGGGCAACGGUCAGUGUGUGUGUGAUAAUGUGAUUACAUAUAGACCCUGGAGUCUCUUCCCUCUUGAAUAUAUUUAUGACAUCAGUUUUUGGGAACCACCGCCUUUAACUGAUGCAGCACAUUGUAAAGACUCGUUGACCUCAGGGUGCUCUCAUACUAGUAUAGUAUUUGAUGAAGUCAUUAUUGGUGUUGUUAUUAUCAAUGUAGCAAAGGAUACCUUGGAAAGCUAUGAACUCCUAAGCACAUAUGUUCACCCAGAAAUUAAGAGAAGAAGUUACACCUAUAGAAUUAGGUACAGAAGUAACUAUGGGGCACUCUCUGAUUACAAAGCAAAGACCAUUCAUUCAGAAAUUGGAAGGAAGCUUGAAGAAUGUUUUGGGGUUAAGAUUCGAUAAAAAAAUUUAGAAAGUUGGAAAAAAAAUCACUGUUGGACAAAACCUGCCUCUCAAAACAGUUUCAGUGCACAUUGCUUCAUAAUAUAAUGCUGCUGCAAUAAAUGGUUUAGAAACAUCAUUGAAAAUAAUAACUGAUUUUUUUGUAUUCAAUUCGUAUAAUGGUCAUUUUAAUGUUAGAAAGUGAUUUGUGCAAUAAUGUCAUGGUGAUAUAUUCAUUUUGAUUAUUUAUGCCUGCACAUUAGGGCUUCAUUACAGAUUACAAAACAUUACCACCAUUAAUUAGCACAAUGUCAGUUUUAAUUACUACAUGACUACCUGUAACAGGUCUUUGAAGUUUAGACAAGCCCCCAUUCUUGAUCUUUUUUCGAUAAUUGCCUCCCCAACUCAUGGUUUGAGAAAAUACUUAAGAUAAAGUGAGUAAUAACAACAAUCUACCUGUAUAUAUACGUAAAGUAGAAUAUGUCUGCAGUACCAUUUUUGUCUGUCUGAGGUUGGAGGCCAGAUGCUUGGGGCUAGCCUCACUAAAAUUUCACACAUGAAAUAUAUUGGGUAUGGGAGUGUCAUAGGUCACUGUCAAUAAGAUAAGAAAUAAUUGACUAAUAAUUUUGAAGUUAGUGAUCAAAGUCACUCUUACAUGGGAUCAGUGCCUCAAGGUGAGAUGUCAAAGGCUUUUCACCAAUACAAAUUUCUAAUGAACUCUGGUUAAUAUGCUCAAGUACUAAAGUAUCUUCUAAGUCAUUAUCAAUAGCAGCCAAGGUGGGGAAAACUUUUAAAUGACGUUCAUUUAACACUUUUUAGUUUUCAACCGAAUAUUUUAUUUUAUCGAUUCCCAUAUUUGUGAAGUCACGUUGUAUACAAUUAAUGUUUUUUAUAAUACAGGGUAAUUGUAAUUACUGCAGUGGAGCACGGUAUAUAAAUAAAUAUUUAUAUUUAUAUUUCAAGUUUUCCUCUUAUAAAUCCUAUAUGAAAUGAUUUAUUAGAAAGAAAAUUCUAGGUAAGAAGCUUGCUGCCUUGGAAUUAAAAUAUAUUAAUGUACUUUAUAAAAGAUGUAGCGGCCUUUUUAUAAUUAGUGAGAAUUGAACCGAUUGGCUUCGGCUGCUCAGAGAAUAGGCAUGAAGGCUGAAUAUAUGUAAAUUUUAUGAAAUGUAAAUCAUUUUAUUGAAUCAAUGCUUUGUAUUAUUAUGUACAGUACAGUAUGUACUUUAUCAUUGCCACUCUUGGAAAGGGCAUACAAUAGGCUAACAUUAUACGCCUCUUCAGUACUCAUACAAGGAUGUGAAGUAGCCUAACAUCAUACACCCAUACUACCAACAGUGUCAUACAUCCUACUACCUGGGACUUCUCAUAAAACUCACAUUUUGUUGUUUGUGAGGGCAUCCAGAAUCCAAAUUUUGGGGAUGCUUCUUAACUUCUCCCUAGAGGCCCUCCAUCAGUAUACUAAGUUUGGGUAAAUUCUGGUCAGUGGUGUUAAAAUUCAUACUAAACAGUUGGAGCUACCUCAUUCCUUUGUGUGUGUGUAUAUGUCAGUAAACUUAUUACAAUGUCCAUUUCAUACUAAAUAAAAUUGUAUUUGGAACCUAGUUUCAUAUAUAUUAAUAUAUAAAAGAGAAUGUCUGUUCGAGGUUGGAAGCCAGACACUUGCGGCAAGGUUCGCCAAACUUUGCAGGGUGACAGGUGGUUGUUCAGGGAUUGUAAUUGGCAAAUCAGAGUAAAUUCCAUACCCUGCCUUUGCAUGAAAUGGCAAAGAUAAAAAUUUCCAAUUUUGUGAACAGUAGGGAAGGUGGUGAAGGAAAAGGAAGAGUGUGAAGGAGAUGGAAGAAAGUUGUGGUGAUGGUUAUAGACUGGAUAUCUGGCAGUGCCCUGGUACUGCAGUUAUAAUGGCAAUUAUAGCAUGUAGUGAAAAUGAUUGUUGACAUGGAUUGUUGUGUGUAGUUUAAUAUAACUACAGUCUUGAAGGUUGAGUAUAAUUAAGAUGCUUUCAGUGAUGAUUGUUGUGUGUGCAGUGAUACAAUGAUG